AUGCACACAAAGCAACUCAUUUCGGACCUUAGCAUGUCCCGCAAUAUCCGUAUCGUACCAGACUACCGAAGAGUCACCGAUCUGCUAAAUGAGACGGCACAUAAGGCGUAUGAACACUACGAUAUCCUAAUCCUCCCUGGCGGCGCACCCGGCGCAAAGACAUUCUGCAACAGCUAUGACGCCCUUAAACUCAUUUGGGACUUCCGUCGUCACGGGAAAUGGGUUGCUGCCAUCUGCGCGGCUACCACUGCGCUCGUUGCUGCAGAGAAUUGGCCUGAGGCAUUGACUCCGGAUGGGGGCAAGAUGCGUGUUACGAGUCAUCCCAGUGUGAAGGAAGAAGUUGAGAAGGCUGGUUGGCAGUACAGCGAGGAGAGGGUCGUGGUGGAUGGCAAGGUUAUUACGAGUCGCGGACCGGGGACUGCGAUGCUUUUUGCGCUUACGAUUGUGGAGAUGAUGUGUGGGAAGGACAAGAGGAAGGAGGUGGAGGGGCCGAUGGUUUGUGCUGAGACGCUGUAG